UGACACGAUCAUUUUGAGGUUAUUGUUAUCAGAUCAUAUUUGUUUUGUUAAUAAUUUGAUUUUGUGCAAUCGUAAAUAUGGAUAUACUGAAUAAAAAUACAAGCAGAUCAAGAUGUGCGGCAAUGAACUGUAAAAAGAGUUAUUCAAAUUGUACUUACGGGUUUUACCAUUUUCCAUCAGAUGAAUCAAGAGCUGAAAGAUGGGCGUUAGCAGCAGGUAGGAAAGACCUAAUUCCGAGUAGAGAAACACUGCAUAUUACCCAUCGACUGUGUGGAGCCCAUUUUGAAAAAAGAAUGUUCACCAUUAAUGAAACUAGGAACAGAUUAUUAUGUCAAGCAGUUCCAACUUAGUUCCCGUUCUUGGAAGGUUCCACAAGUGGUGUAUUGGCAGAACAUAAUUACAGCAGUAUCCAAAAUGUCCCACAUGAUAGCAGUAAGUAAAGUAGAUAACUUUUCCUAUUAUGUAUACAGAUAAUAAUAUAUAAAUCUAAAAGUGUACAGAAUUAUUUUUAAAAUAGCAAUAUGAGAAAAUGAAUAUUAAACAAAUAUUAUUUAUUUGUAACUAUUUACAAUUUUUACAUUAGUAAGUAUAUUUAAGAAGUAUUUGUUGUUAAAGUUGUUCGGUGGCGAGGGGAAGGCAGAAUGGUUACGUCAUACGACAACGUCAAAUUUGACAGUUGAUGGAUAGUUGUCUGCACGUCUGUUAAGUCUGUUUAAGUUCACGUUUGUAUUAGUUCGUUUAUUUGUUUAGUUUUUAUUUUUAAGUAUAGCUAUAAGGAAAAUAUUAUUUAUAGAGACUUAUUAUUUAGUUAUUUGUGUACAUAAACACUUGUGAAGUGAUCACUUAUUUAUCAGACCGAUAAACUCAGGAAUUAAAAAUAGUUUCUAUUAUUUAAAAAUU